CAUCGCCAGACAUCACACCCAGUACUGAAUUGCCGGACGGAGCGGAGGACUUGUCUUAAGCGAGAGCAGGGACCAAGAACAAGCCCUCAGAGCGAGACACAAAGGAAUCUGUCUCGAUCAGAGCCUAGCAAAAAGAGCCAGAACCGGCACGAUGAUCCCAACGGCGACCGAACGUCCCAAGCGUCAGGCGGCCAUCGCCGCGCACGAGAAUGUCAUCGCGCCACUCGCGACGAGGAAGAAGUCGGGCAUGAAGGGCAGAGCUGCGCCGAAGAAGGUCUUGAUUGCUGCCCGUAGUAAUCAGACCGAUUCAGACGAUGGAAGCAGCGAUGAGGAUGACGAUCUCGAAGAGACCACCGAGGGUGAGACAGACAUGGACGAUACCAGCAACUUCGGGGACCGAUCCUCAAAUAAGAGACGCAAGAAUGGGCAAGGCAAGAUGAAGCGGGUCCAGACUGGGAUUUCAAAGAGGUCGCUGGGCCAGCGAAAGGCGACAAGUGCUGCGUCAUCAAAAGCUGCCGCUAGCAAAACAAAGGCCGCUCAGAGGGGCAAAUCUAGAAAAAGAACACUGGGUAACAGAGAAGAGCUGCCCAUCAAUGACGACAACAAGCUUUUCAACCACGUCAAGAACCCUGAGUCAGACCUUGCAUCGACGGCGGAAGAGUGGGCAAUGUACUACCAUGACAACGCUGGCAUGGCCUUAGCUCAGCUUGUCAACUUCUUCAUCAGGUCCGCUGGCUGCAAUGGAACAAUCGAUGAGAAUCAAGCCGAGGACCACGAUGCGAUUGCGAGCAACCUCAGCGAUAUUCAAACAAUUUAUAAGCACUCGGUCAUGCCUUCGUACCCUCUCGUAUCCAAGGCACCGGCUUUCGCAAAAUUCAGGCGGUCUAUGGGCGACUUCAUCGAGAGACUCUUCAGUAAUGCGCAGGAGACUGACAUGCUGUACGACGACACAUUCGUAGAGACGUUUGUGGCCUGGAUCAGCGCCAUGUCGAGCAGCAACUUCCGAUCAUUUCGCCAUACGGCUGUGUACGUCGCUCUCCAAUCCAUCUCACAACUAAGCAGAAUCCGCCAAGACGUCGACGUGGAGCUGCAAAGUAGCAUCAAGAGCAGGGAUAUCGAAAAGAAAAAGACCCGAAAUGACAAGACACGUCUGAAGGAGCUCGAGAGCAAAGUCAAAGCAAUGACAGAGGCCAAAAAGAGUCUCAAGGAGUUCCACGGCGAGCUCAUCAACACUGUUUUUGUCCAUCGCUACCGUGAUUCUGACGCUGGAAUCCGCGUCGAAUGCAUCGAGGCACUCGGCUCAUGGAUGAAGACCUACCCAAGUCUUCAGAAGGAGAAGUUCUUCUUUCAGUGCAUUGGCACGCUCUUACCCGACAUAGAUCCUUCGGUGCGUCUUGCCGCCAUCAAGGCUGUGAAUGGCUUGCUCGGCCGUGAUGCACCGUCGCAGCACGUCCGCCACUUUGUGCAAAUUCAGAAGAAGCGCCUUAUCGAUCUGGCCAUUGUCGAUGUCGACAUGUCCGUCCGUAUCGCCGCCAUCAACGUGCUGCUUCAGCUAGAUGCACACGAGCUCUUCGACGAUGGCGAGCGUGAGGUUCUGGCGAGCCACAUCUUCCACGUCGAGGAGAGGGUUCGGUCGGCCGUCGCCGGUUUCUUUUCUCGAAUGCUCGAUGAAGAGGUGGAUGAACAGAUUGAAGAGGAAGAUAUCGUAAAGAUCCGCCUCAAAGCAUUCGCCUCCCUCAUCAUUCGGCUAAGCGGGCGAGUCGAUCAGGUAUCGGGCAAUGGAGUAGAAGAAGAUCAGCAACAGCAGGUGACAGCAAACAACGCCACGGCUCUCGGAGCCAACUCAGAAUCCCGCAUCACGCUGAUCGUGGGCACCCUAUGGGAAACAAUCGUUGAACUGCACGACUGGAAAUCGAUCAUCGAGCUUCUUCUCUACGACCAUACGAGCAAACCUCCAGCGACUGGCAGGAAGAAGAACAAGAAAGUUGCGGAUAGCGCGUCCUCUUCUGGUGACAAUCCUCCACCCAACGAGGACCUCCGCCUCACAUCCGAAGAAGAGGCGGUGUUGGUUGAGGCGCUUAUCGCUGUCGCAAGAAAGGUGCAGGUUAUCUCGUCUGCCGCAAGUGCUGCGACUAACAGAGACGAUGAAGAGGAGGAAGCGAUCAAGGCCCUGACGGACAUGACGCGAGCAACGAUCCCCGCACUGCCUAAGCUCUUCGCCAAAUACCGUACCGAUGCACCCCGCAUUACCGACAUCCUCCUUUUGCCCUUGUCCAUGAACAUUGAGGUAUACAUCGAAACGCAGCAGACCAAAGCCUACGAGGCACUCUGGGACGAUAUCUCUGAUCAGUUCCGACGUCACGUCGAGCCGCCUUUGCUGAGCAACGCUAUGGAUUCGCUCAUGGCCAUGAACCAGGUCGAAGCUUUGUCCGAAAUCAACACCUCGAGGCUCAGCGAAUUUCAGGAAAAGCUGGUCGGAUCUCUUCGCGAAGGUGUCGAAGGUCGUGACAUCGAAUCAACAGGCUUUGCCGAUGAUGAGCUUCACAAACUCACGGCCUGUUCACUGCGUGCAAAAAUCGUCGCACAACGAAUGGAUAUGUGCGAGGCAUUGGAGGAAGAUGACGAAGGCCAGCAAACAAGUGGCUGGGAGGUGCUUUUAGGACUCGCAUCAAGGGGCAGACUCGGCUUUGAGGCGGAGUCACAGAUGAUCGAGAAUGCUCUCGCGGUGCUUGCGCUGUACAUCCUGUGGAAGACGCGAUCUCUCGUCAAUGUCGAGGAGAGUACCACCAACGAAGCGAUGGUUGCUGCUCUCGUAACCAAGCGGAAUGCACUGCUCGAUCUUGCAGCGGACCUCAUGGACAAGAAUGCAUCUACGCCGGUACCGCGAGGCGUUCAACGAGAGGCUUUCGCUCAUUCGCUCAACAUCGUCACCCUGUAUUCAAGCGUGUUGGCUGAGGGAGAGGUGUCAGACUCCAAGGACGACGAUAACAGCAGAACUGCCAAGGCAAAGCUGCGGAGCCUUCUUCAUCUGGAUUGCUCUGAUGACCUUCAGGUCAGGUUCGCCAGCUUCAUUGAGGAGGAAAUCCACCUGUACGCAGACGAGACUUUGAAGAAGCGAGGAGACUCGCUGUCGGCGGAAGACAGAGAUGAUUUUUCAUCAAGUGAGCUCGACUCCGACGAAGAAGACAAUCCAAGGCCUGCAAAGCGCAGCGAGAAGCCCAAAGCUACGACAAAGGAGACGACGGCCGAGGACGGAGUGGAUAGGCGGCCAGUUCAAAAGUACCUUGAGCGCUUCCUUGCGUUCAUCGAACAUAUUUCGGCUUUUGUCAGAGCCAUCAAGCUGGGCGUCAUCGACAUCGAGCACUGCGUCGAGGUCUUGGCUUUCUACGGUCGACUAGGAUCCGCUUUCGAUACAUGUGUCAAGCUCAUCAUCGACACACUGCGCGAAGAAGGGAUCUUGUAUCGGCGCGUUGAGGAGACAUGUCGCAUCAUCUCGCUGGUUCUCAGGAGGGCUGUGAACGUCCACCAAGAAUAUGGCGCGAACGCGGCAUCGGAAACGAUCUUUGUCAACCUGUCGAAAGCUCUUUCAUCAGCACUCGUCAUCCGAGGCGCUCAGUUGACCAUUCAGCAUGCCAUCAAGGCGGAGCAAAUGGUGCGGAUGCAUACAAAGGUCAUCGAGUCGGCGCUUUCCGAAGCCGACAAAGCCGCUAGCGGUCCCUCCAGCCGAAGUAGCAACGGUCAAGGGAGUGCAUCAUCAAACGCGGGAAAGAAGAGCAACGGAAAAUACUCUCUCGUCCUCUUCAAAGCCCUUGCGCAGCUCCUUGUCUCCGCUGGGCCUCGAGAGGCAAUGUCGAUCAAGCUCAUGCUGGACAAGAAGGUCAAAGAGCGGCAUGCGGCUGCGCAAGACACUGGUGCAAUCAAGGCCUAUGAGAAGAGGCUCGUCACAAUCAUCUCGAAGGACAAACAACUAGCCGCCGGUGCUGCAAUCGGAUCGAAGAAGACUUCAGCAGCGCCCCGAGCCUCGUCGGACCAGAUGGAUGUCGACGAGGACGAAGAAGAGGACGAGAAUGAAGUUCAUGCUCCUCGAGAGAGGCCAAGACCUAUUCCGAUUUCUGCGUCAAGAAAGAGGACAAGGGAGGACGAGGACGAGGAGGAGGCAGAGGAGGACGAAGGCUUCCAAGGGCUGGACAUUUCUCUGAGCCGCGACGAUAUUGUGCACAAUGACAAUGCUGAGGACGACGAAGAGGAAGACGAGGACGCUAGCGAUGAUGAGAGCGUGGCGCUCAGUCAGAUGGAGGGCAGGAUGAAGAGGGCGCCUCUGUAGAUGUAUACCUGCUUUGGAGUCGAUGCGGACCAAUUUUUCUUCCUCCUUACCUUCGCUUAGUUGUAUAAUCAAACCAGAUAUAGCCAAUCGUUCACCCAAUUACGAAGCUGAUGACGAAUCCCCGUUGGUGAAGAGAGGAGGCUAAGAAGACUCUGUGGAGAUUAAAGUGACGGAAAGCAAUAAUAC